AUGAGAAAAAUCACUACAAGAUCUUGUGUGUACCUUCUCUUAACGGUAUUUAUUUCUACUUGGAUGAUAACACUCUACUAUGCAUUUGAUGAACACACCGCAACGCCGAAAUCAACUCCGCAAGUGAAGAGUAUAAUAGAUGUAUACGACGCUAAUAGAGAUGUUACCGUAGUGCCAACACGAACAGGUACAUACCUCUGCGAAUACAUGACAAACGCAACAAAGGUACACCAUGGGUGUAUACAAUCUUGCAACACAGAGAGAGAUCAAAGUGGGGAAAUGUUUAACUGCCACGUGCAUUCACGUGGAUCGAGACGAGAACUAGCGAAAGCAGAUAUAGUAAUUAACCAUAAUGGACCUGUUCCAACACGCCAGCCCAAUGGGCGACCAUAUAUUACUCUCUUUUAUAGUGGUGAAAGCAACAAUACCGACAAGAAACGUGGUAAUGAUGCCUACCAAAGUCUCUAUGAUGAGGUAGUCUCUUUCCAUCAACAUCGACGAUACUACUUCACGUGGACUCACCGCCAACAACCUUACUUCUUAGAUAUUCUUCAUGAAAAUAACAAAGAAGGAGUUACUGAUGAAACUAUCACAUUAGAAGCGUGGCGACAACGAAAAUCGGCAGUUGCGGUAUUUGUUUCUCGCUGCAAAGCGCACCGUGCCGAGGUUAUUCGCCAUUUAUCUAGAUAUUAUCCUGUUCAUAGCUUUGGGGCAUGUGCCAGUAACCAACGAAUGCCGCCCGAUUGUGCAGCCAUUGCUGGGCGCUAUCCCCAGAAAUUGUGUGUGUUCCGCAAGUAUAAGUAUGCCAUGGCACUCGAAAACUCGAGGGAGAGGGAUUAUGUGACGGAAAAGGUGUACCACGCUCUAUUGAGUGGAGCCAUUCCGUUGUACUGGGGUGCCCCGAACAUUGAGGACUUCCUCCCGUCAGGUCGGCGUAGUGUGGUGGAGGUGGAGCGCUUCAUUCCUGGUCAGUUGGGUGAUGCAGGUUCGGCAGAGAAGGUUCAGGAUGACGGUGCGGGCGCGUUCCAGAAACUUGGGGAGUUCCUGCGGCACCUAGAGACGGACGAUGCGGCGGUCAAGCAGCUUUUUGCGUGGCGUCACGUCAAACGUGCGGAGGAAUGGGGUGAGAAUUUUUUGGAUAACAUGUACCACACGGAUCCGAUCUGCGCACUGUGUGCUGAGGCACGCGAAAAGCGGAGGAAGCUGGGAUAG